CUAAAAAUGGCUUCCGGCAAACCGGCCGACUAGCGAGGAUCGCCAUGCGAGCGCGAUCCAAGAGGAUGACGUACGCCUUGGGGUUGUUGUUCGUCACCCUGUGUUCUCUGGCAAAUGCAGGGAUGUAUCUCAACAUAACCGGCGACAUUAUGUUGGGUGCUUUAUUUCCGGUUCACAAGAAGGGCAGUAACGGCGAGAGCUGCGGAAAAAUUCAGCUGGAGGAUGGGAUUCAACCCCUGGAAGCGAUGCUAUACACACUUCAACAGAUAAAUCAGGACCCCGACAUACUGCCUGGAAUUCGACUCGGUGUCCUUGCCUUCGAUUCCUGCGACAACUCCAAUUACGCCCUGAAACAAGCUUUGAACUUUGUCAAAGGUUUUAUCGCCCAUGUGAACGAGUUCCAUGAACAAGAAUUUCAGUGUUCGGAUGGCAGCGUUCCGAGAUUUUUUGGAGGAGGUUUCGACAAAGUGGUCGCAGUUUUGGCAGCUCAAUCUAGUUCUGUAACCGUACAGGUUGCCUCGAUGCUGAGACUUUUCUCAGUCCCACAGAUAUCCUACAUGGCGACCAGUCCAUCUCUAAGCAACAAGGAGCGAUUUCCCCAUUUCUUCCGAACUGUGCCCAGCGACAUAAACCAGGCGCACGCGAUGUUAGAAAUCCUCAGAUACUUCCAAUGGACCUACGUCUCUGUUGUGUAUUCCGACACGGAAUACGGCAAUCACGGAUAUGAAACCCUGGUUUCAUUGGCGAACAAUUAUUCCGUCUGCUUCAGUGCACCGCAAAGAAUCGACGAGGAGCAUUUUGCUGCAGAAGAUUAUGACAAUGUCAUUCGUACUAUUGCGAGUCAGACGGAUGUUCGAGUCGUGGUCCUGUUUGCUGAAAAAUCUACGACCCUGCGAGUGUUAAAAGCAGCGAGAAGAAUGGGAGUUGGGACACGAUUUGUCUGGAUCGGAAGUGAUGCCUGGUCGACGGCUAAUCACAGAGAAUUUUUAAAUCCUGGAAAUAACAAAGACCAGGAAAUGGUAGUCCUCGAAGGAGCAAUUGCAGUUCAACCUCUAUCUCGACAAUUGUCGGGCUUCGACGAGUACUUCACUUCACUUGAUCUCCGCCAUGAGAAGGUUAAUCCUUGGUUUAGGGAAUUCUGGAUGGAAUACCAUAGAUGUGGGAUGAGGAAUAUCACCGCAGAUAAUCAUCGGACUUCUGAGGUUGCAUUAUUUUCGGAUGACGAGUGUCUGAAUCCUUACCGGAAGAUCGACGUUAGUUAUGGUUAUAAACAACAAAGGUUUAUACACUUUGUCAGAGAUGCCGUGUACGCAGUAGCUCAGGCAUUGCAUGAUCUACAUGUCGAGAAAUGUGGAAAUGGAGCUCAAGGAAUAUGUCCUGCGAUAAGGCAUAUCGAUGGUGAGACCUUGUCGAGGUUCCUGUCGAAUGUCACGUUUAAAGACGAAGCCGGACAAAAGUUCAGAUUCGUCAAGAAUGUGGAUGGACCGCCUAGGUACUCCGUUUUAAAUUAUCAAAAGCAUCCAGAUGGUUCCUAUCACUGGAUCGUCAUCGGCAAUUACACCCAAAAUGAGAACGGCACCCCGGUCCUUCACGUGGUGAACAAGGCCAUGAAGUACAGGAGUCAGGUCGAGGGUGGUCGUGAAUUUUUUCCAAAUUCUACUUGCGCCCAGCCUUGCCAACCAGAUCAAGUGAAGGUUAGAGAGAAACAGGAUCCUUGUUGCUGGAAAUGUCGAAAUUGCGGCAUGUAUCAGUACAAAAUGGACAACCACAGAUGCGAGGAUUGCGAUCGUGGCUUCGUGCCGACCAUAGAUCGGAGAAUGUGCCAUCCCAUUCCUGAAGAGUUUCUCGACUACUCCAACCCAUGGGCCAUAGCCACCAUGACGGUCGCCAGUAGUGGGAUCCUGGUGACGAUAUUCGUCCUGUCAGUUUUCUGGAUAUACAGCGAGACUCCCGUCAUCAAGGCUUCAGGUCGAGAACUGUCAUCAUUACUACUCCUUGGCACCUUGGUGUCAUUUUUGAUGACAUUCGCCAUAGUCGCCAAGCCCAACACCUGUACCUGCGCGAUUACCAGGUUCGGAAUCGGCCUUUGCUACACGCUUUGCUACGCAGCUCUGGUCACAAAGACGAACAGGAUCCAUAGGAUAUUCAACAACACCACGCACAGUCCCCAUAAACCCAGGUACACCAGUCCAAAAUCUCAGCUGCUCAUCACCGGAGUGUUAACCUUUGUAGAAGUCCUUAUCAACGGUGCAUGGUUGAUGCAGGUCCCUCCUUCGGUAUCCCAUUCGUUCCCGACGAGAGACACGAGACUGAGGAUCUGUCAAGGAUUGGACGACACUUCCUACAUGGUUGGCCUGAUCUACCCUUUCAUCCUCAUAGUGGUCUGCAGUGUCUACGCAGUGAAGACCAGGAAGUGUCCAGAAGGGUUCAACGAGACUCGGCACAUAGCUUUCACCAAUUACACCACCAUGAUUCUAUGGCUAGCCUUCGUCCCAUUGUAUCUGGCCUCGACCAGCAACGCCAUCAGGGUGGUCACUCUUGCUGUAUCGCUUUCCUUGAGCGGUCUGGUGCAACUGGGUUGCUUGUUUUUCCCAAAAGUCUACAUAGUGCUGAUGAAACCUGAGAAAAACACGAAGGAGCUGGUCAUGGCCCAACAUAGGAGCUCCUCGUACCUGCCCACUCCAGCAGCUACACCUGUUGUCAUCUUAAAUGGACACGUCGUAAGGUCUUUCGGUCGGGGGAGCGAUUCGUCCUUCAAAUCUACCGGAAGUCCGAGCCAGGAAAAGGACGACUCCACCUCGAGUCUCUGUAAAUAUUGCCACGACGACUCGCCUGCGAAUCGGCGGAUUUUCUCGUAAGCCUCGUGAUCUGCUUUGCAGGGAAAUCAAAGCCGGCUUUCAAAGGGUCCAGUCUCUCGCCAGCAGAGCUAAUGAAAGAAAAAGGGCUCGAGGUCAGGACCAUGUAACGGCGAGGUGAUAAAAAGGAUAAGGGCAUCGACGACCAAUUUGGUCGGAUACAUAUCGCUACUUUAAGUCUAAAAUUCAUAUAGAGAUCCUUCGAGUCCUUGUUCAAAUGUGUCAAAUUCCACCACGUAAUUUCCUUCUGACUUUUAGA